AAAGCAUCAGUAAUCGGAGCUCAGUCUGUUGAAGUGGCCGGCUUUUGAACCAUGCCCCAGCUCAAGCCCCGGGACAGCUGAGUCCACAGAGAGGGGAACAUCUUUGGGAAAAAGGGCCUUGACGAAAGAGCCUGUACUUUUGAUAUUCAGCAGCAGGAGAGACAGAGCGAGUGGAGGGGAGAACCUCAGAAGACUGGGGCAAGGAGAGAGAGAGAGACCGGGGGACAGAGAGAUGAGUCCUGGGCAGUGCAGCUCGGUGAAGACGCAAUACAACACACAGGUGAAACCAUAACUGAAGGACCCCCCCCUCCCCCCAACCACUGGUAACAAAAAGGAAGGCCUGGAGGGACUUGGAGGGAGCAUCAGUAGCUGUCCAUCUAUUCAUCUAAGCCUCCAGCAACAAUGCAGGGGCUGGUGUGGAGCCUGUGUGUCGUGUUCUGCCUCUCUCUCUGGGAGGAAAGUUACUGCAGGAGUUCCAGGGAAGCCCGGAGGACCAAAGAGCUUUCUCUCCACAGGAGUAAAAGAGCUCCCCAGGAUCCUGAUGCCAAAAAGUGCUCCUACACCUUCCUUGUACCCGAGCAGAAAAUCACAGGUCCAAUCUGUGCCAGCACCACAGGCCCAGAACCAGACAAGGACAGAGUGACCCGUAUGGACAUUGCCGAUGUGCGGGAGGUGCUCAACAAACAGCGACGUGAGAUUGAGACACUGCAGCUGGUGGUGGAUGUGGAUGGUAACUUGGUGAAUGAGAUGAAGCUGCUGCGCAAAGAGAGCAGGAACAUGAACUCCAGGGUGACCCAACUCUACAUGCAGCUGCUGCAUGAGAUCAUCAGGAAAAGAGACAACUCUCUAGAGCUGGCCCAGCUGGAGAACCGCGUCCUCAACGUGACCUCGGAAAUGAUGCGACUGGCUUCAAGAUACAAGGAGCUGGAGGCCCGGUUCGCCACGAUGGCUGCAGUGGUCAACAACCAGUCCAUUCUCAUCACUGAACUGGAGGACCAGUGCCUGAGGACGCUGGGACGCAGUGAGCUGCCCGUGGUACCUCCACUGGUACAGGUGGUGCCGCAGAACCUUCCAGUUAAUAAUCGUUUCACCAAUGAGAUACAGAGGGACAAUAACAAGCGGGCCUUUCCCCGUGGAUCACGAAUGGAAUCUCCUACUGCAAGCCCUUUUGUGAACAACCCUCCACCACAGGGAACACUCACAUCAGAUGGUCCCUUCAAGGACUGUUUCCAGGUGCGUCAGGCGGGACACACCACCAGCGGGAUGUACCUGCUUAAGGCAGACGGCAGCGACAGGCUGAUUCAAGUCUGGUGUGAACAUGGCCUUGACAAUGGCGGAUGGACCGUGUUGCAAAGGAGGAGAGAUGGUUCUGUCAACUUUUUCCGGAAUUGGGAGAACUACAAGAGAGGCUUUGGCAACAUAGACGGUGAACACUGGCUUGGACUGGACAAUAUCUACAAAUUGGGGAAACAGGGCGACUAUAAGCUGAUGAUAGAGCUGGAGGACUGGACAGGGAAGAAGGUGUACGCGGAAUACAGCAGCUUCCACCUGGAGUCAGAGAGCGAGGGUUAUAGGCUGAGGCUUGGCACCUACCAGGGCAACGCGGGGGACUCCUUCAGCAGUCACAACGGCAAACAGUUCACCACACUUGAUCGUGACAAGGAUGCAUUUUCAGGCAACUGCGCUCACUUCCAUAAGGGAGGCUGGUGGUACAAUGCCUGUGGCCAGACCAACCUGAACGGCGUGUGGUACAGCGGGGGAGUUUACCGCAGCAAAUUUCAGGAUGGAAUUUUCUGGGCAGAAUACGGGGGAGGAUUCUACUCCCUCAAGUCCGUACGCCUCAUGAUUCGACCGAUCGACUGAAACCUCAGACUUUUCUGUUCAAAUGCUCCACAGUCUCCAGCCUCAUCUUUAUCUGCCCAUGAACAAAUUCUGUAAAAGCAGAACGGGACUGGAGGACGAGACUGUGGCAUCUGUUCAUAGGCAGACAAUAAUGACUCGGUCGGAAGUGACUUAGUUGACGCAGAGACACGGAGAUGAAGACAGCUGCCAUCGCCCCCUCUACAAGUAACCGCUUUCCUCCACCUUUCAGUCCGGACACUCAUGGUUCAUGAAUCUCCCUGAGAGAUAUUACUCAGUAUUACUCUCAAGUGUUCUGAUUUGCUCACUCCUGUUGAAACUCGGUAUGUAAUAAAGGGAAAUGGUCAUUUACUAAAGA